AUGGCGGCGGAGUUCGCGGCAUAUGCGGGGCGGGUGACGGGCGCGCUGCAGACGCUGCUGGAGUCAACGGGACCUAGCUUUAAUCAGGAGGAAGGACUGAUAGCUGCCAUCACGAAAACUGCAACCACUGCGGGGGAUUUCUACGAACAAGUUCGCCAGUGGAAACGCAUCCCGCGUGCAUUUGCUGCGAUGAAUGACAGUGAGCGCGAAUUGGUGACGUCGUCGUCGUUGAACCGGUGGUUGAACUCCGAGCUAAAACGACCCGGAAUACUUCCUAAUGACGACCCGCUAGACGAGGAGCUGGUCGAGUAUGUAGCGGGAUUGCUGGAUCACCCAGAUUUCUGCCAGCCAGACUUGCUGGCCUUAGAAUUGCACGAGUUCCUUGGGGGCAGCACUACGAGCUUUGUGCUUGCGCUUUGGAAGUUUUUGGUCGUCGAGAUCGGGCUACACAGUGUAUUUCAGUUGGACAGUAGCAGGGUGAACAACGCCAUUCAAGCAAGUUCUGGCAGUAAGAAUGAUCAGUCUUCAGCGCAGAAAAAUAUUUCUAAGGCAGUUCCGACAAAAACGGGUGUUGUCGAUGAAGUGGCUGAGCGCGACUACAAGCGUCGACGAGCUUCGUACCGGGGAAAGAUCGGCACUAAGACUGGGCCGGCAGCAUUUCGUGAAAUGAUCCAGAAGCACAUGGUGGGACUCAGUCUAGAAACGGACCGUGAGCUUGUUCUUGGCGAUAGGUCUUCAACGCGGUUGUGUAAGCCGCCAGGUGGUAGCUCGACUAUGGGCUCGUUAAUUUUCGGUGGCGGUGGCGACGGUAACCAGCCGUCGUACCUCGAUGAGCGCAAGUCACGUCGGUUUAACCCGCACCGUGAGGUGCCCGAGCACAGCAGCAGCAACAACGACAUCAAGACUCCGGAUGCGGGAGCUGCUGAACUGUCGUACUAUGCCAAGCCCACGGCUGCUCAGGAGCAACGCGAUCGUCUCGCUGUUGCACCCGGCGCAGUCUCACGUGAGAUGCUGUCCCAACAGCCGACGGCCUUAGCCGUGGUUCGCCGCGGCAACCACUCAGGUACUAGCUCCGAUUACUUUGCGAACGGAAUGGGAGGCCAAGACGGUGGAGACAAUCAAAUGCGGCGCACUCGGCGCAUGUUCGGUGCCCCUGGUGGGAACUCCAGCUUUAAGCUCGGCUGA